AAACAGAGCUCUUCUCUUCUCUUCUUUUUCACUCUGUAGAAUCUCGCCGGAGAUGACGAAGCAGAAUGUGGUGGCGCCGGAGGCGGUGGCAAUACCAUACCCACCACUCAGAGUAGCCUCCUCCACGGCGGCGCCAGGAGGUGGAGGGGCAGCAGGCUACCCCAUCCCAAGAAAACUACUAACAAAGUUGGAGCUUGGUGGAGCUACCAAUGGCUGGGUUGAGUCCAUGUUAGCCUCAUCGCCAACGCAUGCCAAGGCUUCCGCCGCCGCCGCCGUUGCCGCGGCGGCGCUUGACGGCAACACUAGCUCUUGGACUGUGAAGCAUCCUUCUGCACUUGAGUUGUUUGAUGAGAUUACGAAGAUGUCUAAAGGGAAAAGAAUAGUGAUGUUCUUGGACUAUGAUGGGACUCUUUCUCCCAUUGUUGAUGAUCCUGACCUUGCUUUCAUGUCUGAUGCUAUGAGAACUGCAGUGAGGAACGUUGCCAGAUGCUUUCCGACAGCUAUCGUUACUGGUCGGCGUCUAGAUAAGGUGUAUGAGUUUGUUAGAUUGGCUGAACUUUACUAUGCUGGUAGUCAUGGAAUGGACAUCAAAGGACCAGUGAAAGGACCACGCCAUGCAAAAACCAAGACCAAAGCUGUUCUCUUUCAACCAGCAAGUGAGUUCCUUCCUAUGAUAGACGAGGUUUAUAAAGCAUUGUUGGUGAAAACCAGGUCAAUUCCAGGGGUUAAAGUGGAGAAUAACAAGUUCUGUGCAUCAGUUCAUUUCCGAUGUGUUGAUGAGAAGAGAUGGAGUGCAUUGGCUGAGCAAGUGAGAUCAGUGCUCAAAGAGUAUCCCAAGUUAAGGUUAACACAAGGAAGAAAGGUGUUAGAGAUACGUCCCACCAUUAAAUGGGACAAAGGCAAGGCCUUGGAGUUCUUAUUAGAGUCUUUAGGAUUUGCCGACAAUGAAGAAGUGUUUCCGGUUUAUAUAGGUGAUGAUCGCACCGACGAAGAUGCUUUCAAGGUGUUGAGAGAUAGAGGACAAGGGUUUGGUAUCCUUGUCUCCAAAUAUCCAAAGGAGACAAACGCUUCAUAUUCACUCCAAGAGCCAUCUGAGGUCAUGAACUUCUUGCAUCGCCUUGUAGAAUGGAAAAGAAGCUCUCUCAAGCAUCAUUCAAGGGUAUAAUUAACUUAAGGAAAAAGUAGAGAAGAUGAAGGUGAAACCACCCCAACCAUUCCACCAUGAAAGCUAUGGAUGCAUGAUAUAUAUUAAUAUAUUUCAUAUAUAUAUAUAUAUAUAUAUGGUUAUGUAUUCUCUCCAACAAACAUUGGAGAACUACUUUUGUACUUUACCCCCUCUUUUUAGGGGGUUCUCUUGUGGGAAAGCAUACCAAAACAGGCUUCCUUGCCACCACACAAGAAGUUUUCAACUCUUGUAAUUAUUUUCUAUGUAUAAUCCAAAAGAAUAUAGAAUUUUCAACCCUUGGUUUCCA